GCUGGAACACGUUGAAUUACAGCGGCCAGGAUGUUCCCGCAGCUGCAGACUUGUUCCCGGCUGAAAGCAGCACGAUGAUGAUGAUGAUGAUGAUGAUGAUGAUGAUGAUGCAUAUCGCACUUACUGAAUUAAUCCAAUGUGCAGAACUGGACUUGUUCAUGUGUUUCCAGGGUCGCGAAAAUAGACUUGAAUGGGGAAUGUUUGGACGGUGACUGCGGUAAAUGUCUGAAAUGCAGAAUCACUGACCGGGCCUCACAUCUGCAGAAGGAAUUUCAUGAGCAUUGAGUGUGGCGACAGAGACGUGUAACGAGUGUUUAGGACUGGCUGGGCUUUUGACAGGGCUUUUGGUGAUUUGGAGGGGAAAUAUUAACAGUGGGAAGGACUGACUCCAUGGCUCAGGAAAAGAAGAAAGGAGGGGUCCUUCCUCCAGACGGAGGGUGGGGAUGGAUGAUUGUGGCUGGCUGCUUUGUGGUCACUGUUUGCACUCGAGCUGUCACAAGAUGCAUCUCCAUAUUUUUCAUUGAAUUUCAAAUGAACUUUGGUAAAGAUUACUCUGGGACAGCAUGGAUUCAUUCGUUAGUGGACUGCACAACCAUGCUUUGUGCUCCACUUGGAAGCCUGAUUGGGAAUCGGUUGUCAUGUCGUAUAGCUGUAAUACUAGGAGGAUUCCUGGCCUCCAUUGGACUUGUUCUCAGCUCCUUUGCCACCAGUCUGGAAUAUCUUUACCUUUCCCUGGGAGUGUUAACUGGGCUUGGCUUCGCUCUUUGUUAUACUCCAGCUAUCACCAUGGUCGGGGUGUAUUUCUGUGAGAGGAAGGCUUUGGCCUAUGGCAUUGCCAUGUCUGGCAGUGGUAUUGGGACCUUCAUCCUAGCACCGGUAGUGCAGCUGCUAAUCGAGCACUACUCAUGGCGGGGGGCCCUCCUCAUUCUGGGUGGUUUCGUGUCUAACCUGUGUGUAUGUGGAGCUCUGUUACGACCCAUCAUUCUAAAGGAAGAGGAGGCCUGCCCACUUCCAGUGGACUCUGAGUGUGGGUAUGAAGUUAAACUGCCAGUGGUGAGCGGUAUCCAUACGGGGAAGACUGCAAGUGAUAAAUUAAAAGUGGAUACUAAACAACGCUGCCUUCAGUCCAUGCAGGAAUAUCGCUUCCUGCUUAUGCCUGAUUUCCUGGUGCUGGCUUGCUCCUUCUUGCUCUUGGCUAGUGGCUGCAGCCUGCCAUUUGUGUAUCUAGUACCGUACGCACUGGAUGUUGGUGUCAGUCAUCAUCAUGCUGCCUUCCUAAUGUCCAUAUUAGGAGUCAUUGACAUCAUUGGGAACAUUACAUUUGGCUGGCUUACUGACAGGAGAUAUCUGAAGAAGUAUAGGAAUAUAUGCUACAUGUUUGCAGUGGGAAUGGAGGGCCUAUGUUGUCUGUUUAUCCCACUCUUACACACAUUUGUCUUGCUGGUCCCAUUUUCUGUGCUCUACGGGUACUUUGAUGGAGCAUAUGUUGCCCUUAUUCCUGUGGUGACAUCAGAUGUUGUAGGGACAACUUACCUUUCUUCAGCUCUCGGGAUUGUGUACUUCCUUCAUGCUGUUCCCUAUCUGGUCAGCCCACCCAUUGGAGGUUGGUUGGUAGACACCACAGGGACUUACACAGCGACAUUCUUACUGAGCAGCUUCGCCAUGAUCUCCAGCUCUCUGCUGCUGUUCUCAGUCGCUAUCAUUCGCCACUGCCAGAGAAAACGCAAGAACAGCCUGAGCAAAGACCCAAAAUUGGAGCCAUGUGAAGGCAAACAAGUGGACUAUUAUACUCCAAAAAAUAAAGACUUGAUGAUAAUUAUCCCAGCCUCUUCAUAGCAUUGGGAUAGUCAUUUGUAUUGUUUCAUAUGUCUAUUUUUUUAAUCAAUUGUAAAAAAAAAUGUUAGCAACAUAUAUAGUGUUAGCAAUAUUGUUUAAUUAACUGCAAAAAAUAAUUUGAGUGUAAAAUGUGCCUUUUUACUGUCUUGCUGUUAAAAUCAUUUCAUUCUUAUCUAGAAUGGCAAGCAUUAAAAAGGAGAGGCUACAAGCUGGUGCACAGUGCAACAAGAUUUACAUUUUAAGAAUUUUCUCCUUGUUUCUCAUACCUCAUGUGUCAGCAAGGAGUGUGUUUUCUUUUUGUAAAUUUGUCUGUUUUCCUAUGGACCACAGAAUUACAGAAUUUAUUGUCAUUUUAACUCAAAAUAUAACCUAAUCCAACUUGAGCUUAAGUCAGAAGAGGGCAGUGUUGAUCCCUAGACUUCUGAGCAGCCUGGGUUGGUAUCAGUGAUGAAAGGGAAGCAAAUCCACCCCUGCUCUGCAAAUGGGUUGAUGUAUUAAAUUGCUCAAAAACAAUAUGACCAUAUAUAUGUAAAAGCAUCUUAUGUCCAUGAGUAGUACCAGUACCAAUUAAAAAAACAUUGUGAAAGCAAAAAACUUUUAG